GUUCUGGAGGAGUUUAUUGUUAAAUUGUAUAUCUAUUUCAUGGCAAAAGGCAAUUAUUCAACGAUCACUGAGUUCAUCCUUUUGGGUCUCACAGAUAAUCCAGAGCUCGAAGCCAUUCUCUCUUGUGUUUUCCUACUGAUGUACUUGGUUGCCGCCUUGGGAAAUCUUGGUUUGAUUGUGCUAAUUCAAAUCAGUCCUCAACUUCAUACACCCAUGUAUUUUUUCCUCUGUCACCUGGCUUUUGUUGAUUUUUAUGGUACUUCUUCCAUCACUCCCAACACCCUUGUAAACUCUUUACGUGAAAUUAAAAGUGUGUCGUUUUAUGCAUGUGCCACUCAAGUGUGUUGCUUUAUCACAUUUUCAGUUUGGGAACUAUUGAUGCUGUCUGUCAUGGCUUAUGAUCGUUAUCUGGCCAUCUGCCAUCCAUUACUCUAUGUAGUUCUCAUGCCUAGGAAGCUCUGCAUUCAAAUGGUCACAAGCUCUUAUAUUUGUGGGUUCACUGUGGGACUCGUCCAAGCAGUGGCUACCUUCCACAUGUCCUUCUGUGACUCUAAUGUGAUCAAUCAGUUCUACUGUGAUGACGUGCCCUUGAUUGCUCUGGCCUGCUCUGACACGUGAUUCAAAGAACUGAUGGUGUUAUUCAUUGCAGGGUUCAAUGUUUUUUGUUCUCUUAUCAUUGUUCUCAUAUCCUAUGUAUUCAUUGUCUUUGCCAUCUUAAGGAUCCCUUCUUCUGUAGGAAGACAGAAAGCCUUUUCUACCUGUGCCUCUCACUUACUUUCUAUUACUAUAUAUUAUGGGACUCUCAGUUUUAUGUACCUGCAGCCCAAGUCAAGCCACUCACUAGGUAAAGACAAAUUUGCCUCAGUAUUCUAUUCAAUAGUGAUUCCCAUGCUAAACCCAUUGAUCUACAGCUUGAGGAAUCAGGAGGUAAAAAAUGCUUUGAAAAAAAUUAUCGAAAAAGUGCAUUCUAGUCAUCAUUGA